UAUUAAAAAAUCUAGUUUAGUACAACAUAUGAGGGUUCACACAGGAGAGAUGUUACAGUGUUCAGAAUGUACUAGUUCAUUUACUUAUAAAUCUAGUUUAGUUGAACAUAUGAGGGUUCACACAGGAGAGAUGUUACAGUGUUCAGAAUGUACUAGUUCAUUUACUUAUAAAUCUAGUUUAGUACAACAUAUGAGGGUUCACACAGAAGAGAAGUUCCAGUGUUCAAAAUGUACUAGUUCAUUUAUUAAAAAAUCUAGUUUAGUACAACAUAUGAGGGUUCACACAGGAGAGAUGUUACAGUGUUCAGAAUGUACUAGUUCAUUUACUCAGAAAUCUCAAUUAGUACAACAUAUGAGAGUUCACACAGGAGAGAAGUUCCAGUGUUCAGAAUGUACUAGUUCAUUUACUCAGAAAUCUAGGUUAGUUCAACAUAUGAGGGUUCACACAGGAGAGAAGUUCAAGUGCUCAGAAUGUACUAGUUCAUAUACCCAUGAAUCUAGUUUAGUACAACAUAUGAGGGUUCACACAGGAGAGAUGUUCCAGUGUUCAGAAUGUACUAGUUCAUUUACUAAAAAAUCUAAUUUAGUACAACAUAUGAGAGUUCACACAGGAGAGAUGUUCCAGUGUUCAGAAUGUACUAGUUCAUUUACUAAUAAAUCUAGUUUAGUUGAUCAUAUGAGGGUUCACACAGGAGAGAUGUUCCAGUGUUCAGAAUGUACUAGUUCAUUUACUAAAAAAUCUAGUUUAGUUGAUCAUAUGAGGGUUCACACAGGAGACACACCAUAUCAUUGUACAAUAUGCAAUAAAUCCUUCACACAGAAGUGCUGUAUGAUAAGGCACAAAAGAGUUCAUACAAGAGAAAAAUUUCAGUGUUGUGAGUGUCAAAAAUGUUUUCCCAGUAGAGUGAGUCUCACAAGGCAUAGUAGAACUCAUCUGACUUCUUACAGUAAAGUUCAUGCAAAAGAUAAUAAAUGCCACAAAAAAUAUGAUAAUAAACAAAGGCUGAAAAAAUGUUGUGAGGAGAAGUCAGGGAGUGGUAGGAGAUUCACCCAGAGGAACCACCACCUUGGUGCUCUCGGGAGCCACACAACAGAAAAACGAGCGGGCAAUGACCUGAACAGUCCAGAGCCGAGCCACAAUAAUUGUCGGGAACUGCCCACUUCCUAUCAUAGUGAAGAUGAGUAUAGCCUCUCUUACCAGUGUAAGACAAAGGCUGUGUGUAAACUAGCAGAUAAUGACCUUGUAGUGAGUAGAUCAACACAUUUCAUAGACUGGUCAGGUCAUGGAGUUAAAGAUGAACCUGUUGAUGGUCAACCUUCAAUCUUAAGUUUAUCAGAAGAUCCACUUCAAUCUGAGAUGGUUCCUCCAUCUUCUAUAAAAUUAGAGAGCCUUAAGGAGGAAUUUGAGUUUCUUGAGGAAGAAUUGUGAAACCUUAUUAACAUAUUGUGUGUAAUGCAAGCUUGUGUAUGUUUAUAUUAAUAAAUAUAUACUGAGAA